AUGUUUCGUGUUUUAUUAUUUUUGCUAUCACCAUUCGAUGAAUCAGAACAAGAUGAAGAUAGAUAUGAGGAGUUGAAAGGAAAUGAGGAGGGGGGAAUUGAAAAACCCUCAAAAAAAGAAACAUUCUCGUCGUCAUCAUCAUCAUCAAAGAAGAUAGUUUAG